CGCCUUCAUAGACGGACGUAGAUGUUAAAGCCUGAGUGACCGGCGCUGCUACCACCUUUCUAUCAAUUUCUUCCUGUCCUUUUGCGUUUUUCUUAAUUAUCCUUUUCAUCUAUAUUUUACUGUUUGACAUGUUAUAAAAGAUUAGUUUUUUUUUUCAUUAUAUAAUGACCAAACCACGGUUACAAUUUUCUUUGUUAAAUGCAAAUUCGUCGUAGAUUCCAUGUUAUCGGUUUUGCCUUAUUUUUCUUAACCUAGAAUGAAUCGUACAAUGGAUGAAAAGGAAGAAUUAGUGAAGAAGUCCUUGUUUAGUUUUGUGAGAAAGGAAGUACCCACUGCCCAAUUAAGCUUAAUUGAUGACAUUGUUUUAAGCUAUGUGGUGAGUAUGGUAGAAGAAAGUGCACUGGAUGAAGAAUUAGAUGUUGAUGGACUAUGUGAAAUGGUUUCUGCUUGUCUUCCUGAAUUUUCUACCAUUGAAAAAGAAGCUGUGUCCAAAUGGUUAUUGGAUAUUGAAAGUAAAUUACGGCAAGAAAGUAAGGAAAAUGAGAAUUGCCAACCUCAUGAUCCUUUGAGUCAUAUUAGUUUAACCGCUUUAUUACCGCCUGGUACACAAAGAAUGAGAGUUCAUCACCUCUCAGAAACAAGUGAUGCUGGAAGUGAUUCGAGUGGAGAAUAUUUUUCUGAACAGGAAUCUUCUUGGCAUCAAGUAGCACUAUUACAAGAAAUGUUCCCUGCUGCGAGUCUAGCAGAAGCCAGACAUUGUUUGGCAGUUGCUAGUGGGGAUAUAGCAAAGGCAGCACAACUUGCAUUACACCGACAAGAAGCAGGGCAAAGUAUCGUCAGUAAUCUUACAUUUUUAACGCCAAACGGUCGUAACAAGACCAGAGUGAAUGACGAAGAACUGAAAUCGCGCAUUAUUGCACGGUAUAGUUACGUCGAUAGAGAUGAUGAUUCACGGGAACAUCGUCCAGUUGCUCCGAAAACGGAACCAAAAAAAUUAGUGCGCUAUCUGGAUAACAAGAUUGUGAGCGUAAAAGGUGAACGAUAUACUGAAGUCAGAAGGGGCGGUGAAGAGGAAGAUGGCAAUGAAGGCGGCAGAAAAAAAGGUCAUUCUCGACCGUAACCAGUCCCUUUGCCUCCACCCCCUGAUCCACCCCCUUGGAGGCAUCUGAUUUCAAAUUAAGGCUUUCACUUAGAUUCUCUUAUCUUGCUUAUAGAGGAAUAUAAGGACAGGGUGUUGAAUUUCUAUGUGCACAACACUAUCUAUUUUGUUCCUUUUUCUUUUUUUUUUUAGAUACAUUCAUCUCGUCCAGUCACUUUUGUCGAUUUAAGAAGUCCUCUUUGUUUUUUUUUUAUUGCGUGAUAUUAUUUUUAUGCGAUUACGAGACAGGAGAUUUGUAGCAUUUUAAACCGCAUAUACAGCGUAUCGUUUACCGCUGACGAUAUCGAAAAUUUAUUUUAACAGUCGCGAAUAUUAACUGUUAUUAUUACACUGCAGUAUAAGUACCUGUUAUAAUAUUUAAUUUACGAUCGAAUGUUUUUAUUUCUUUUACAUCGAAUGUAUAGUUGUCACACGUAUAUUUAUGUUUUCGAACAGUCUUUUUAUGAUAGCAAAAUCAUAAAUCAGUUGCAAAAGAUAUUUUAUUUUGAUAUAAUUUGUUCAAGACUUACAGAAUUUUAUUAUUUUUUAAUGUAUAAAUGACGGAGUACAUUCAUUUUCUGUAAUUUAACUUAUAUGCAAUAUACAAAGUGACUACUAUAAACUCGAUUUUAGAAUCAGAAUCUCGAGGUCAUCAUGACCCAGUUUCUUGCGUUAAUUAUUGGUAGGAGCUAUAGAGUGUAAGUGGUGUCCAAGAAUGUCGGUAUCUUGUAAUUUUAUUAAUUUUAUUAGAAAUCAUAAAGAACAUUGAUUAGUUGUUAAUCAAUUAAAAAAUCAAGAAGUCUACACGUUUAUUUGGGUGUUCUUGAUUUCAAUGAACUUGUUUUAUUUUUUAGAGCAUUUUAAUCAUGAGUAGUAUUUUUAUUGGAUCAAAUAGUAUUUUGUGUUAUAUGGAAUAAUUAUAAUUUAGUAUAUUACUUUUCAUGUGCUUUACAAUGUGUACACAAUUACCGUCAUAUUCCCAAAUAUUGGGAUAUUUUUGAAUACAACUUAGCCUCCAAAGUUUCUAUCAAUAAAUCGAUUUAAUUAAACAUUUACUAAUAUUACUUUAUAUAAUUAUUAUAUAAAAGUUUGUAUCGAUCAAUCUUUUCAAUAUUUUUAUUAAUUAUAAUUUCAAUUUGCAUUUCACCAUAUAAAUAUGCUAUCGAAAUAAUAUGCACUUUUUAUUUAUUAAGCAUACUGUGUGUCUCAUUAUGUUUUCAAUGAGUACUGAAUGAUUGUUACAUUAUUUGUAUUAUUAAGUUCAUGACACGUGCUGAUAUUUCUUUAAAUAGGAUAGAAUUAUAUGUUUUAUAACGUUAUAUAUAAUAAAAACACUGGGUUGAUUUUUCUGUUAAAUAUCACCAGAACUAAGUGAAAUUCUCACUCUUUCUCUUACUAUGUAUGUAAUGAAAUUACAUUUAAGAAUGAUAAAAACAAUACGUGAUAUGAUAUCUCUGCAAGAGGAUCUUGCACAAAAAAAACACUAAAAUAUAAUAAAAUGAAAUAUAACAAAAAAUUUUAGGAAUUUUUAUGUGCACAUUUAUUUGAUCGAAUAAAGAAAUAUAACUAUCUUAAGCAUGCAUAGUAAGAAUUAUUGUCUAUAAUAUAAUCAGAAUUCACUAAAAGUUCAAUAAAAUAUUAAUUGUAAAAAGAAGUAUCAUCAUUGCAAUUGUAAUGAAUUGGGUGCAUACUGAAUUUUUUGGUAUUGCAAAAAAUUAUCAAAUUGUAGAUUUCCAAUAACGAAUUUUAGUAUACGUAUUAGGUAGGUAAAAAAAGAAAAAAGAUUAUAUAUAUAUAUAUAUAAGUAUAGACAUAAAUUUAUAUAUAUAUAUAUACAUAUAUAUAUAUAUAUAUAUACAUGUACUAGAUAUCUAAGCGAGAUAAAAAAAGUUGCUUACCGCGCCAUAUAAUUUACCAGUAUUACUAUUGUUAUUGCUAUUAUUGCAAACUCUAAAGUGUAGGCAGAUGUAAUCAUUAAAAUUUUUAAAUAUCUACAUGGUGAACGAUGUACACUCAAUAAUAUACGCUAGAGUGCGUGUUUGACAAUGAAUUGAUAGAAACACCAAAUUAUGAUGAUUACUGCAAUUAUAAAUUACUACUGAAAAUUGUAACUAAUUGAAAAUAUAAUUUUUAUAUUUUA